GUCAUUUGAUUAAUGUCAACAUGGCUGAUGCUGCAGCAGCUCGUCGUGAAGCUCGAAGGAGAAGAAUAUUAGAAAAUUCUCACAAUAGACUUCAGCUUAUAUCUGGAAAAUGUGGCGACGACUGUCCUAGAGAAUCUCCGGUCAGAACUAUAAUUCCUGAUCCAAUACACGAGAUUUCGCUUCCAACGGACAAUAGCAGUAGCAAGACAUCGCUCAACAAUGGUGUGAUCACCUCCGAAUCAGAUUCGUUUGACCUGUUAUCACUGAAUCAUGACAUCGCGGCAGGCGAUGGAGAGGUACCCAGUGAUUUGGCACCUUUCGCCUCACCGGCACCAGAGCCCGCGUCUACACCAUCACCAUCCCUCUUGGAGAAAAUCACUAAUAACAAAUACGACAUAGUUUUGUUAUCACUUCUAAUUCAAUUACUGUACAGUUUGUCAUUGGUCACAUUUUAUGAUACAUACUUUUUCUUACCGGUACUUAUUUAUGUCAUAACUAAAUUAGUAUGGUUUCCGUCACAAAGUAAUUCUAAACUUGCCAAUGCAUUGCAACUGUUGCACAUUGUGUCAUCUCACAGAGUGAAGAGAAUAAUUUAUUUGACACAGUGUAUGGGUGUGAUUUCAUGCGACAUUUGUGUUUUUCUAUUCACCACAAUUUGCAUACAAUCACUGCUUAUUACCUUGAAGGAUGGUUUAAUUACAUAGUAAUUACUUCAUUUGCACCCAAGUUGAGGGCAUUACAUUGACUGAGCAGUAUCUAACAAUAGCUGGCUAGAAUAGAUUGGGGUAUUGUUCAAAAUUCAACUCAAGUGUUGUUCCAAAUCUCAUGUUUCAUACUGACUCUAAAGUUGAGUUUUGAAAGUGCUCCACAAUGUUCCAUAGUUUUGAUUGCUUGUGCCUUUAUACAUAAGUGAGAAGAGAAGAUGUGACAAGUGUGCGUUUUAGUCACAUAUUGCCAUUUUUAGUUUUAAAUUAGAAUCAAUUUUGUAUAUAACAAUGGUUACAAAACAUUUUGUUAAUUUCAUGAUAAUAUUUAUUUUUACUCAAUGCACUCAUUUUACGUGGAUCUAUGUAAUUAAUAUAUUUACUACUCUAAUGCAUUUAAAUUGUAUUUAUGUCAGUAACUCAUGAGAGACCAACAAAGCAUAAUAUUUUCAAACAAGAGUAAUGCAAGGAAUAUGCAAUAGUAUGCCAAAUUAGCUAUUUUCAGGCUUUAUAGUUUAUACAUAUAAAAUAUGGUAUUUUGAUAUAGUCCUUAUGAAUUAUAAUGGCCUGUGUAACCAAUUUCAUGGCCUGGACGUGUGAGUAUAUUUUAUAAUCUUGAACUUUACUACCUGUAUCCAAAGUUGUUAAUGAAAUUAUACUAACUGCGUAAUAUAGUAUGGCAGUCUGUGACAUGUAGACCCUCUUUUUGUAGAUAUUUUUGCUUUUAUUUAAUCAUAUUUAAUUGGUUUUGAGAUAAUUUUAAACCUUCAAUUCUAACACUGCCUUAAUCUUUGUAGACUUAUUAGUCAUGUGUAUCAAUUUACUAACAAAAUAUGAAAUGUAAGCAAGAUGCAGCUUACUUAACUAAACCACUGACAUAAUGAACCCCAAAUUAAUUAAAAGCAAUACUAAUAAUUAUUUAAUCUUAAUUGUUAUAUCUUGAAUGUCCCAAAAUGUUACAUACCCCAAACUAAUACUUUUAAAAUAUGUUAUUUCUUUGGUAAUGGAAUAGGUGUUUUACUACAAUUUAAUUGAAUUAAGCUGGUAUGGCAAUACCAAAGAUAAUUUUCUUUGUCUAGAUUCUCUUAUAUAAUUUUUAUCGCUGCUUUAUCACAUAAAACUGUAAAUAUGCAAUUGUUUAGUAAGCAUUCACCAUUGUUAGUAAGCAAAUUGUUUGAAUAUUUUUCUCCCUAUGAUUGCCAAUAAUGAUUGUUCUGUUGUUUUCUAUAACUGAAAUAGGUACCACACCUCUUACAUGUAAAUUUUGUAUGCAUAGACAUUAAUCAUUAUGGUUGUUCUAAUAUUAUCGUUACUAUUAUGAUAGGUACCUUGAACUUUAGAUACAGUAAAAUUCUGCUUAUGAAACACGUGAAUAAUUUAGAGUAUCAGCUUAAUUCAUAUUGUAAAUAAAGGUCAAACAACUAUAAAUAAAAUAAUAAAGUUUAUUUUAAUUAUAUUUUGUAACAUCUUUGAAAUAAAAAAUGGUUAAUGUGAAUG